AUGAUAGAAAAUGAUGAUGCCGACAACUAUUCCGCCGGGACAACCGGGUGGAUCAGAAGCGAAGCAGAAGAGGAAGAAUAUCGCGCAGAGAAGAAGCCCAAGCAGGAAGAUGAGGAUGUGGACCAGAAGCUACAGAAGUUGAGAGUGCAGCUUUUGGCCGAGCUGGGAAAGAAAGAUCAAAGCCAAACCUUCCUGCCCACUUCUUCACCUUUCUCGAAGAAGCCACCGACUUCACUGGCCGAGCUAAUGAAGAGGGCUGAGAAGUAUAUAAGACAGGAUGAUGCUCUGGUGACAAGCCGAUUCGCCAAAGGAGCGCCAAGCAAGGAGAAAGCCCCGGAGGAAAGAAGGCCGGAGAAGCAUGAAAAGAAACAUGGCAAAAGAUCUGAGCCUUACAGACAGCCUUGGGAGCGAAAGGACCAAAGACCUUUUCCCCUUCGGUCCUCAGAACAAAGGCCACUCCCUUCAUGGGUUCCGGAGAAGCCGACCCCACUUAAUGCCUCUAGAGCUGAAGUGCUCUUGAUUGCAGAAAUUGAGAGGUUGAUAAAGAGAGGGCACCUAAAGAACUUUGUAAAGAAACCGGAAGGACAGAGACCUCAACCCAAUCCGGCAGCCCAAAUGCCGAGAAGAACAGGAGCUAACACUGUGAAUGACGGGUCCAGUGGAACUAUCAACAUGAUCGUAGGAGGCACGGGAGGUCGGAUGAGCCGAAGGGGGAAAAAGAGGAGCAGAGAAGGAGAAACUAGCAGUGCUGAGGUCAUGCAAAUCGUUGAACACUCUUCAACAACCAUCACUUUCUCCUCGGAGGACGCUCAGGGCGUUCAGAUGCCUCACGAUGACACCCUUGUUAUUGAAGCUGUUAUUCACAACUACCGGGUAAAGAAAAUCUUGGUGGAUGAUGGAAGCAAGGUAAACCUGUUGCCUUAUCGAGUCUUCCAGCAGAUGGGAAUUCCUGAAGAGCAACUGGUUCGGGAUCAAGCCCCAAUUAAAGGGAUUGGAGGGGCACCGGUGACAGUAGAAGGGAAAGUAAAACUAGCCCUUACUUUGGGAGAAGCUUCGAGGGCUCGCACCCAUUAUGCGGUGUUCUUGGUGGCUAAACUCCCCCUGAGUUAUAACGCGAUUCUGGGAUGA